AUGUCGGAGGGGCAACGGUGCUUGGCGAUCAUCGUGCUCCUCAUUCACACUGUUAUUGGCACUGGAGAAGGUCCAUCACCACCACCCUCGACGCAGUCAUCUACGGUUAGAGAAGAACAGAAUGAGCUCACCGUCUCCUUCCCUCCUCUCGAUGAUAUAUUCGGCACGCCUGAAAAACACUUCGGUACUGAAAACAAUACUGUUGUGACUUCACAAACCGGAUCUACGGCUCUCCUGCCAUGCGUCAUUAGAAAUAUUGGCGAUGGAAUUGUAUCAUGGAUCAGAAGAAAAGACUAUCAUUUACUGACCGUCGGCCUGACAACCUACAGCUCAGACCAGAGGUUUCAAGCCAUCCAUCUUCAACAUUCAGAAGACUGGACUCUAAAAGUACGAUUCGUUCAGAAUCGUGAUGCCGGUGUCUACGAAUGCCAAGUGUCAUCACAUCCGCCCACUAGUAUAUUUUUGAGGCUCGACGUAGUUGAGGCCAGAGCUCAAAUAUCAGGGCCCACUGAGAAAUACUUAAAGCCUGGUUCUACACUGAGAUUGCAGUGUUCAGUGGUGCAGACUACGGAAGCUCCAGCUUUCGUAUUUUGGUACCACAACAGCAGAAUGAUAAACUACGAUGCUGAACGAGGCAUCAACGUCACAACAGACCCUGAACAACGGCUUUCAGACCUUCUCAUCCCAGCGACGAGUGUAUCCCAUGCAGGGAACUAUACCUGCGUGCCGAACAACGCUGUCCCAGCUAGUAUUUACGUCCAUAUAUUUAAUGGUGAGAACCCGGCCGCCAUGCAGUCUUCAUCACCCAGCUAUAUCCAGCUAAACAUCUACAGCCUGCUUUAUGCCUUAACGUCUGUGAAUAUCAUUAUACGGUGA